AUGGAAGAUAACCCAGAGGGUCACAUCGAAGGAGAGCAAGAAGAUAAAGAUGCACCUCGGGAGCCAACUGAAACUAAAAGUGAAACUGUGAAUGCAGAAGACAAUUCUCAGUUGAUCUUAUCAAAUAACGAAAUUCCACACGAGGAUGAAGUAUUGCAACAGGAUCAUCUCACUCAAGAUUAUAAAAAAUCUCUAAAGAAUGAAGAAAUGUCUACCGAUAAAAGUGUUCUACCUGAAGAAAUGAAUAUUACUCAAGCAGAGAAUCAAGCGAAAUCGGAGAUUUCUGAGGACAUUGGAAAACCUGAAAUGUCCACCGAAAAAAGUGUUCCACCUGAAGAAAUGAACAUUACUCAAGUGGUGAAUAAAGAGAAAUCCGAGAUUUCUGAAGACAUUGAAAAACCUGAAGUGUCUACUGAAAAAAGUGUUCCACCUGAAGAAAUUAAUAUUAUUCAAGCGGUGGAUAAGGCAAAAUCGGAGAUUUCUGAGGACAUUGAGAAACCUGAAAUGUCUGCCGAUAAAAGUGUUCCACCUGAAGAAAUUAAUAUUAUUCAAGCGGUGGAUAAAGCGAAAUCCGAGAUUUCUGAAGACAUUGAAAAACCUGAAGAAAUUUCGGAGAAAUUGGAAAGUACAUAUCCGUUCAAUGAAGAUGUUGACCAAAGCCUUAACCCCUCGGAAUCCGUCUCCACUAUUGAUUCAGCUCAGGAACAACGUAGACUGGACCUAAUAAAUCAACAGAAUGAAUUGCUUGAACGUCAGCGUAAGGCUGCACAGUUUAACAUCCAACUUCAGACCAUUCUCUCAAACCACUUUCGCCGGAAGAGGGCUGAUACUGGUGAAAUCGCCCGUUCCCACCAUGAUAGCAGGACAAGCAGUGUUAUAUCUAUCGGUAUAGAUCACUCCAUGGAAUAUGCUAAGCACAUAAAGACUUUAAAUCAAAUUAAGAAACAGUAUUCUGAACAAAAAGAAAGACUCGAUGCUGAAAUAUCUUCUAUUAAGAAGCUGUCUGAGGAAAAAAUUGCCGAAGCUACUAAGACACAUGGGGAGCUUGUUGAUUUCAUACUGAAUCAAGCAAGUCAAGCCAUUAGCUCUAAAACCGGCCGUGUUUAUCCAGUCAAUAUCUACAAGGAUUUGGUCGAUUCGUGGCAAAAGAAGAAUUCCACUAUAACAGCAGAGAGGUUAGAAAAUAUGAGGCUACAACGACAAGUAGAGAAGAUUAAGGAAGUAUUCAAGGCCUACGAUCUUUCAGAGAGUCUCCAUCUAAUCGAUUUUGAACAGAUGAAAAUCGAAAAUCAAACCUACAAUGAGAAAAUUGAAGAGAGGAAUGAGGAAACCGGAAAAUUGAAAAGGAAAAUAAAUAAUACUGUCCAAAUCCUCACGCAUUCGAAUGAAAAAUUGAGUUCAAGUGAGGCAGGAUUCUCUCAACUUAAAAAGCAACUCGACGAAUUAACUGUUGAGUUGAAUAGGGGUCGAGAUUCCCUAGCAAAGUUGAAACAGAAACGUGAUGCUUUGAGGGCAAGUUACACAGCAAUGCAAAAGGCCUGUGGACUCCUUGGACAAACAGAUAUGCUUAGAGGCUUUGAAGAAUCUGUCGAUAAAUUAGAAGCAAAGAAACAGGAACUUUUGAACCUAAAACAACAGACUAGAGAACUUCAAGAGAGAACUAAGCAUUAUGAACAGCAAAUAUCAAGUAUGCAAGGCGAAAAGUUGUCUAUCCCAAAUUAA